UUUAUCUAAUCUAAUCUUAAAAUUAUUUUUUAUGUCGUUGCCAUGGAUUGUGGUGUGUAAAAACAAAUUAAUAACAUAAAAGCAAGUACGACAACUACAUUCAAUAACAGUCUGCCAAUUUACAUCAAUAUCACGACAUAAAACACGGGUUAUAAUGCCGCCUAAACUCACGCUUUUGUUGGUAAUCGGAUUGCUGACCUUGACACAUAAUUGUUACGGUCAAGCACUGGAGUCAAGAUUUAUAGUACAAUUGGGUCAUUUCACGCAACCGUUUCUGAAUCAGACCGUCAUUCGUUGUGCGGGAACACUAAUAUCUGAGACACAUAUUCUAUGUACAGCCAGUUGUGUAAUUGUUCAAUCACCAGCUGAAAUUGCCGUCAAUAUAAAAGUAGUGACAUUGGUACCAGAGGGUGGAAAUACUUCAAGUUCAACGCUAGUGCCUGCCACUGGAGUGUUCAUCCACCCAUUCUACGACCACAAUCAAUACGCUAACAAUGCUGCAAUCGUGACGACAAAUGUAUUAAGGUUAAAUCCGCAUUUGGGAUUUGCCCCAAGAUCACUCGGAAGCUUAUCAACAUCUACGCCGUGCAACUUAUUCGGAUGGGGAGGAGAGCUAUUAGAUCCGCGAAGAGAUGCAGUCAUGGUUACCGGCCCAGUUGCUUGUGAUCCAAAUUAUCCUCAGAGUUAUUGCACAGUUUUCGAUUCGGUCAGUCAUUCAACUUGUGAUGCAAUGCAGGGUUCACCGCUCACAUGUGGAAAUGAUGAUAUCACCGUAGCAGGUUUUGUGACUACUGAUGGAGGAUGCAGCACAGACACUGGUCGAACAAUGCUAAAUUAUCAUUCAAUCCGUGAUUUUCGUGAUUGGAUUGUAGGCGUUUUUGGACCGGAGCUUCCUGCACGCGACGCUGUAAAUUUUAUUGUGACGGUAUUGGAACGAAACGAAACCUCAAUUCCUCGAUGUUUCGGAACAGUCAUUGCGUCAAAUCGUGUAUUAACAACAGCUACUUGUGCUACGAUUGAUUCGUCAUUGCAUGUCGAACUCCUGGUACAAACGAGAAUCGUUCAAGGAUCUACGUCAUCGUCCACUAAUUUCGCGACAUCUCAGAUCUACAUCCACCCUUAUUAUAGCGAGGAAAACCCACUCGAAAACAAUGUUGCGGUCAUUGAAAUUAUCGGCACGUUUGACCAAAGAAUUGUUCCACGAACACUCGGAAAUCUACAGCAGAACAGCUCAUGUCAACUAUUCGGAUGGGGACCUACAAAUAUUGGAUUUACUCGCGGCGAUCCAAUAAAUGUCAAUGGGCCACAAUUCUGUGAUCCCAAUCAUCCACAAGCGUUCUGUACGAGUCAUCCUACAGUUUUUCACCAUUCGUGUAAUGCGAUGACCGGUUCCCCAGUCACUUGCGACGGAAACGAAUCAGUGGUGACAGGAUUUUUGAUCAACAAUGCAACAUGCAACACCAACAAUGGUCGUGCAUCACUGCGCUAUCACUCAGUUAGUGAAUUUACUGACUGGAUAUUGCAUCCGACUAAUCAACGGAAUCAACGGAGCACAUCAGUGUCUACUAAAAUGUCGGCUCUUUUUGUAUUUGUUUCGAUUUUAUUGAGCAGCCUAUUCAAUUAA